GCAUAUUUCGCCCACUACUGUGUAAACGCGUAAGAUAUGAUCUUAAUCUUCAGUAAACGUAAGUAACCUAGCUUUCACCAUACACCAUUGCACUGUUAAAAAUAGUGCUUGUAUAGUUUUGUUCUUAUUUAUUUUAUUUUCUUUAGAAUACCAGUUUCUAAGUCUAUCUUCUACAUUCAAUGCCAUCGUUCGGCGAUUUGGAAGUAUUGGACCAACUCGAUAAUGCUGACUUUCUAAACUCAAGUACUCGGAUUCGUCGCUUUAAAGGGUCGAAAAAGAAUGCUCAUACGUUUCCUCGUAGUAAAGGAAAUCGUAUUUCACAAUGGCCUCGCAUGAGGUUUGUACGUGCCGUGGAUAUCUUCAAUCCUACCGAAGAAGUUAAUAGAAUGAUCCAAGAGGAGAAAAGCAAACAAGAAGCUACCAGAUCUAGAGAACUUGUAAACAAUAACGAGGUUUCUGAAAUAAAGCAUUCAUAUUCCCCAAAAAAACCUGGUACCCAUCCAGACGUUGUGUUAUUCAAACCUGUGCGCUAUAACGGUACUUCACGUGAAGACAAGGAACCUUCACACAUACACGGGAAUAUUCAUGAAGAUGUUCCCGUUUCCAAACCCGAGAAUGAAUUGAAAGAAAACCAUUCUUCUAGUAUUACUUUAAACACUCCUCGCUCCCAAGAAUUACCUAAGCGUGAAGGUUCACAAAAAGAAAACAUCAGCGAGACAAAGAGAGAAGCCCAGAAAACAUCUGAAAAACAUUUUGGAAGGGAGAAACCCUAUGUCCUUUCGGAUACAGAUGAGAAUUUACCGGAUGAAGACAGCACUGACACAGAUUUAAAAUUCAGCAUGAACAAAUUUGCCAACUUGUCUAUGAAUUCUGAAAAUGAUGAAGAUGAUGAAUCUAUGGAAGGAGAUGAUGACAUUGAGAGUAUAAAUGCAGAAUCUGCAGACGAGAAUGAACUAUCUUUUAGCAUGGACUCAGAUUUGCUUAAUGACCAAAAUGACGAGGAUUAUGAUUAUGACGAUGAAGUACUAGCAAAUGUUUUGGCUGAAACUGAAAACUUAGAAGACGAAGAAGUAAAUGCUUUGCUAAAUAGUGUUUUUGAUGAUAGUGACGAUUCCGAAAUUGAAGCUUACCUAAGUGUUGGAGACACUGGUGUAAAUGACUUUACACUUUAUGAUUACGAUAGCGAUGAUGAGCCCUACCAGAGAACAACCCAGGAGCCAUCAAAAGAAUUCACCAAGAAAGGAAACAAGAAAAAAGAAAAACCAAAGAAAGCAUCUAAAAAAGAAACAAGAGCUCAAAGGAAACUUGAAAGAAAAGCUGGAAAAUCUGUUGCAAAUCGGCUCGCUAGUGCUUAUGAUGUCGACGAUGACAUUGCACAGGAGUUAGAAAUGUACUCUCAUCUUCAAGAACAAUGGAUAAAAGAUCACCAGAAGAAAGCAAAAAAGCGUAAUGAACGUGAAGAAAAACGUGCACAAGGCCUAUUAGGGAAAAAAUCUAGUAAGAAACUGGCUAAAAAAGCAGCAGCUUCUGAGAAAGGUUCAGAUCCCGAUAGUCCUACCCUAUCUAAAGCAGACCAUGCAUUCAUCAUGGACGCAUAUAAGCGGAUGCAACAAUUAUCUCUUUCAGGAGUGGAUGAGGUUUCUCUUCCCGCAUGUCCGAAAUAUGUUCGCCGUUUAGUUCAUGAAUUAGCUAAUCGUUUGAAUCUCCGUUCUCAAAGCUAUGGUUCUGGUAAGAAACGGUACACAGUUCUUUCUAAAACCCCCCGAUUCAAUUCCUUAGACAUAAAUAGCGCAUCGUUAACGAGGAUUCUACAUCGUGUGCAACUGUCUGUUGGAAAGCGAUCUGGAAUUCCUGGAAAACCAGGUAAAAAGCCUAACAUUAUGCUUGCUUCGAAGCGUACCGUUAGUAGUGCUACCAAGCUAUAUGAAGGCCAAGUGGUAGGUGGUGAUGCUCCUGAAAUCACUCGUGCUAAUCCAGGUCGUCGUAUGUUAGAACGACUAGGUUGGUAUGCUGGUAAAGGGUUAGGACAUCCAGAAAAUGAAGGCUCCCACGAAAGUUUGCGUGCUAUCGUAAAGACUAGCCGCAGUGGUUUAGGAUAGAGUCCAUUCAUUUUUUCAUUGAUGACGAGGAUGUAUAUAUCUGGAAUGAAUUACUAUUCUUUUUCUUUUUUUUGGUAUACUUCGUGAAAGCAUAUACUAUUUGAGGUGUAUCUUAAGUUCUUGUACAUAGACUACGCAUGUCAAAAUUAAAGAAAAUAAAUAGCAAGUGAAACAUCUUGUUAAGUCUUAAUUUCUUAUUUUUGUUCGUAAAUAUUAUU